UCUGCUGCCAGGAUCGAAAUCAGCCAUUACCUGUCAUCGAUAAACUGUCAACGGUGUCGGCGAGGAAACCGAAAACACACUCAAACGUACAAUUGCUAAACAAAGUGUUAAAGGAGACAGGAGGAAAUCUCUGUUUGAGAGAAGGAACAAACGCCGAAGAGGAGAAGGCCGAAACUCGUGCCAGUCGCUCGGCAAUUAUGAGCUCCGAUUACACGCAGAGGCGAUGGAGCAAUUUGCGGAAGGUGCUGGAGAGAUCGGGCCCGUUUUGCCGGCCGGACUUCGAGCCGUCCACCGACAAUCUGCAUAUGCUCCUGGACCACUGCAAGGUGCUCGUCGUGGGCGCCGGCGGUCUGGGAUGCGAGCUGCUCAAGAAUCUCGCCCUGAUGGGCUUCAGGCACCUCCACGUAAUCGACAUGGACACGAUCGAGCUGUCUAACCUCAAUCGACAGUUCCUGUUCCGACAUAAAGACAUUGGAUCCUACAAGGCGGAGACAGCUGCAAAGUUUAUCAGGGCCAGGGUUCCCGGUUGCAAUAUAGUCGCGCACAACUGCGAGAUACAGGCUAAAAGCGAGGCGUUCUUCCAAAAGUUCCACAUGGUGAUCUGCGGCUUGGACUCGAUCGUCGCGAGAAGGUGGAUCAACGGUAUGCUACUGUCUUUGCUCGGCUACGACAAUGGCGAGUUGAAUCAAUCCACAGUGAUACCCCUGAUCGACGGCGGGACCGAGGGUUUCAAGGGAAACGUUCGAGUUAUAUUACCCGGUAUGAACCCCUGCAUCGAGUGCACCUUGGACCUCUACCCGCCACAAGUCACAUAUCCUUUAUGUACGAUAGCCAAUACGCCACGUUUGCCCGAGCAUUGUGUAGAGUAUGUGAAGGUAAUGCAGUGGCCGAAGGAGAAUCCAUUUGACUGUGCCAUCGACGGGGACGAUCCUCAGCACAUAAACUGGAUUUACGAGAAGUCGAAUGAAAGGGCGAGUCAAUUUGGCAUACAGGGCUUGACGUACAGAUUGGUGCAGGGUGUCGUCAAGAAUAUCAUACCAGCAGUGGCGUCUACGAACGCCGCUAUCGCCGCUGUCUGCGCGACAGAAGCGUUCAAACUCGCAACCAGUUGUAGCGCGUCUUUAACUAAUUACAUGGUGCUCAAUGACCUGGACGGAAUUUACACGUACACUUAUGAAGCAGAAAGAAGAAAAGAUUGCGUGGCGUGUAGUCAAAUACCGCGAGAGAUCGAGAUCAAAGAUUCCAAAUAUAAACUGCAGAAUUUGAUAGACCUUCUCUGCGAACGGCCGGAUAUGCAAAUGAAAAAUCCCGGUCUUACGGCUAUUAUAGACGGUAAAAGUAAAACUCUGUACAUGCAAAUGGUAGCGAGCAUCGAAGAGAAGACUCGCGAGAAUUUGUCCAAGACUUUGAUCGAGUUAGGUCUAAAAGAUGGUACUGAAAUAAACGUUGCCGAUGUCACGACUCCAAGUACAAUUACUCUGAAAUUGAGAUUUGUGCAGGGCGAUAGCGCGAGUCAAUAAUUGUUCCGAGAAACUUACUUUUCAGGCAUUUCUCGUAUAAUAUAGCUACGCUGUUCGAAUUUGUGAGAAAAGUGGACCGAAAAUUAAGACGAAAUAUAACAAAUCCAAAAGUUGCUCGUACAAGAUUGCAUGUUACGUAUAUUCUACGUUUCUAUCAGAUGUCACUUUAUCGCAUGCAGGAUAUAUCGAAAUUAGCAGAGCUGCGAUUAUUUCAAUGCAGUUGCAUUGUUAACAUUAUUGGCAUUUGUUAAUUAAUAUUAGUGACCUUUUAGUGAUAGUCAAACAUGAAUACACAAGGCGUCUCAAAAUCAUCGAAGACAUCCCUUUGAUGUUAAAUUUUGUGAUUAAUCUAAAGUUGAGUUUUCUUUACUGUUCAGGCGUUGAUAAUUUUUGAAUAGUACAUAUUUGAACGAGAACUUUUUGCAAAUUAAAUUUUAAGGAACCAAAGUUAUAUCCUGCAUUUAAUUUUAAACAAUGUUAAAAAAUAUUAAGUACUUGAGACGCAAUUACGAAGAAUGUAUAAUGUAAAAUAUUAGAAUGUUGUAAUAAAAACGACAAUUUGCGUCGAUAUUUUCAUUUGAGGAAAAAUCCAAGUUGAAAACAAUCCAUCGUUAAAAGAACAUUCAACGUACGUGAGCAUUUGUGAUUUUGAGACGUAACAUAAUAAGAAAGAUCAAUCUGUAAGUCAAUAAAAAAAUACAUUUACAAUUAGUAUCUGAACAACGAAGACACGACUUAAA